AUGGCUUCGGGGAACCACACUUAUGGUAAAGCCCACCAUUCUCCCAGGGCCUCAACUACAGCGCUCGGCAAGCGUCGAAGCCACAGCGAGGAGAUUCCUCAGCACAAAGCAGAUCUGGUUUGGCGCAAGCAGUACACGCGCGAUGAUAAUGAUCUUGACCAAAUCCAACAUGAAGAAGAUAUCUUUAUUGACAAGUACAAAGGCUUUCACCCCCCGAACAACUUUGCGAAUGGCUCGCCUGCCGCGAGCAGUGCCCCUGCCCCGAAUAUGCCCAUCAAUCCGGCUCUCUUGCUAAAUCCCAAGGGUUAUGCAGCUCCAACAAAGCCACCAACGACCGCGCAGAGUGAAGAAACAAAUGGCAAUGCAAACUCGAGCGAUAUGCGUUUUCUAGACUUUCAGUUCUCGAGUCCCAAUGAUGGCACAGGUUCAAGCGCAAGCACUCCAUCGUCUUUCUUUCCACAAGAUCCAGACAGCGCCAUCCACAGUCACGCGCACACUCCAGUCAACGGCUUCGGCAACAUGUUCGAGCGAAUGAACAAUGUACAAGCACGAACAUCCAUGCCCCAGAUCAAGCGCCGAAAGGUAGAUACUGACGGGGACGAUCCAACUUCCUCGGGCUUUGGUGGUGGUGGUGGCGGCGGGAGCGGCAUGCUAGGCCAAUACGUCAAGGACAAACGAGAGGAGGCUGCCAAGAAUCCCGCACUCCAGCGUGUCGACACUGUCGAUCUCAGCCUCGAUGACGAUGGCGACAUAUUGGAGGUUAUCGACGCAAGGGAGCAAGAGGUCUGUUUUGGACAGCUACAGAAUGCAAGGAUCAACUUUGAUUUGAUCCCUAGCCCAAAGCCAGGCCAGCGUGCCUUGAACGACCAGUGGUGGCCUCAGGUCAAGAUAAUGUUGAGUCGAAGGCAGGGCGACCCAACCAAUGUCAUUUUAGCCAAAGACCACACGCGACAGGUGGUUGGUAGAGUCGAUGGGCAAACAGCACUUGGUCUUUCACCAUUACUCGAUUCUGCGCACGUCACCCUUCGUACUGAGAGCAAGCUUCCCAGCCGGCCCCGACGGCCCGGUGAGCAAGUCGGACAGCCAGUUUCUUUGGCUCUUGCUUUCAACUGUAUCCUGUAUGGCCCACGAAAAUCAUCGCGACCGGUAGCCAAGCAUCUCUUUUCAAAGGGCUUGAAGUUGAUACAUCCUACCAUGGUAGAGAAGGGAAUCAAGUACGAGAACCCAAUGGCAGGAGACAUCCGGCAGCAAGCCCCCCCUGUUAGAGCACAGUUUGUUCCAGCUCCAGCAGCCAUUUCGUAUCCGCAAAUAUCCAGAACCGUCGAGGAAGUUCGUAGCGAAGUCAUGGGAGUUUUUGACUCUCUUACCAGAAGCGAGGAUUUGCCUGAGAUGGAACCCGAUGCCAGAAUAACCUCGGAGCUACUUCCGCAUCAGAAACAGGGCCUGUAUUUCAUGACCAUGAGAGAACGUCCCUGUGACUUGAAUGGCAAUGGCGGCAAUGCGAUCAAUACAUUCUGGAGAGUCCGCUUUGGCAACAAUGGACAGAGGGCAUAUCACAAUGUCAUUACCGGUCAGACGAUUCAACGACCACCGUCCGAGACUUUUGGCGGUAUUCUCGCGGAUAUGAUGGGUUUAGGCAAGACACUCAGCAUUCUAUCAUUGAUUACGAGCUCACUGGAUGCUGGAGAAGAGUGGUCCAAACGCCAACCAGAGCAGCCACCUCCACCUCCUGCCCUAAAGAAGAAUGGCCACAGUCGCGGCUUCGAUCUGCCCGCCCCCACGCCGUUGGCGCUGACAACCCCUAUCCUGAAUUCGAGAGCCACGCUUCUUGUUUGUCCGCUCAGCACUGUUGCAAACUGGGAGAUACAGAUAAAGGAGCAUGUCAAGCCCGGCACAUUCAAGUACUAUAUCUACCACGGACCUAAUCGCAUCAAAGAUGCGAGAAAGCUUGCCGACUUUGAUCUUGUCAUCACGACUUACGGGUCAGUGUCGAGCGAGCUUCGUGCCCGUCAUAGAGGUGUCAAGGGACCGCACCCCCUAGAAGACAUUAGUUGGUUCAGAAUCGCUCUUGAUGAGGCGCAUAUGAUCCGAGAGCAGUCCACGUUACUUUUCAAAGCCAUUUGUCGUCUUCAAGCAAAUCGUCGCUGGGCUGUCACUGGCACGCCCGUGCAGAACAAGCUGGACGAUUUGGCCGCGUUGCUGGCUUUUAUCCGGUUGAAGCCUUUCGACAACAAAACCACUUUUACACAAUACAUUGUUCAGCCUUUCAAGGCUUGCGAUACCGAGAUUGUCCCCAAGCUCCGGGUUUUGGUCGAUAGCGUUACUCUCCGUCGUCUCAAGGAUAAGAUUCAUCUGCCGCCCAGGAAGGAUCAGAUCGUCAAACUUCAAUUCUCGCCGACCGAGGCGAAGCUGUACAGGCUAUUUGAACAGCAGGCGCAGGACAAGGUCGAGGUGAUAAGCCGUGGGCAAGACAAGUUGAUCGGUGGAAGAACAUACAUCCACAUUCUGCAAUCGAUUCUCCGGCUCCGUCUAAUUUCGGCACAUGGCAAGGAACUCCUAAACAAUGACGAUCUUCAAGCAGUUCAAGGCAUGACACAGGAAUCGGCUAUUGAUCUCGACAGUGAUGACGACAACGACGCUCAAAAGGCUGCACUUUCAGAGGCCCGCGCCUAUCAGAACUGGGAUCUCAUGGUUCAAACCAACAGUGAUGGCUGUGCGAGCUGUGGCAAGUCUUUGAGCUCGGCCGGUGAGGAAUCCGAUGUCGAGAACGAACGCGAAGAGAAUUUGCUCGGAUAUAUCUCAUCUUCCUGCUUUCACCUUUUCUGUCCCUCUUGUAAACCUUUGUGGGACCAGUGGACUAGAGGUCAGUCGCUAGGAACUUGCCCAGUAUGCCAAAAAGAAAACGCCAACCUCAGGCUGGUUGAGCUACGAAAAGACAAGGCCGAAGCUGAACAUGAGUCUCACCAUGCAACGGGUUCGUCCAAGGAGAAAUCAAUGAACACUGAUGGUUAUGGUGGACCGCACACCAAGACACAAGCACUUGUCGAGGACCUCUUGAAAUUGCAGGAGAAGAGCAACGCCUGCCCAGAAGAGCCACGGUUCAAGUCGGUGGUUUUCUCAGGCUGGACGUCCCAUCUCGACCUGAUCCAAAUUGCCUUGGACAACGCGGGCAUUGUCUACACCCGACUGGACGGCAAGAUGACUCGGAUAGCCCGCACAGCUGCCAUGGACAGGUUCCGUGAUGAUCCUGCAGUCGACGUGAUUCUUGUCUCGAUCACAGCGGGAGGUCUUGGCCUAAACUUGACUGCAGGCAAUAAUGUUUACGUCAUGGAGCCUCAGUACAAUCCGGCCGCAGAGGCGCAGGCAGUUGAUCGUGUUCAUCGAAUCGGUCAGAAGCGUGAAGUGAAUAUCGUCCGCUACAUCAUGGAGAACAGUAUAGAGGAGAAGAUGCUGGCACUCCAAGAUAAGAAGAACAGACUAGCCAACUUGUCCAUGAAUCGUGGCAAGGCUAUGGACAAAGGUGAAGCUGCAAAGCAGAAACUCAUGGACUUGCGUAGUCUAUUCAGAUGA